AUGCAUUUCCCAUUAUUUGUUUCCGUAUUUGUACUAUUAUCGCGUUCUAGCUCUUCAGAAGUUGCACUUCAUAAUAUAACAGACACAAUGUCCGCCACAACCUGUACGAAACAAGCACAAUGUCCAACUACACAUUUCUGCAAUAAUAAACAACGUAUUUGUAUGCUCAAAUAUGCUGCGAACAGUUCGUGUGAACGUGAUUUGGAAUGUGACGGUGAAAAAUGUUUUUAUGAUACAUGCCGUCAACCAUGCGUAUCUGACAAUGACUGUUCUUUAACAAAAGAAUAUUGCUCGCUAAGUAAGUAUUGUACUGCUAAAUAUUGUGGUCUGUGUUUACGUGACGCGCAUUGUGCUAAUAAUCGUUGUCAUUUUUUUCAUUGUACAUUCACUGAUUGUACUAGGGCAUUACAAGCUAUUAAUAAAUAG